UCUCAAACUGGUCGGUGGACCCUUUAAUGGAGUGUAACCACACAGCAGCCUGGAAUUGGGUGUACUCCAUCCAGCCAGUUUACAUGUCCGUCAUCUGCCUGCUGGGAAUGGUGGGCAACACCUUCGUGCUGUGUGUGUUCUGCUUCCAGAAGAGACACAGCACAGUAGCAGACAUCUACCUGGGGAACCUGGCUGCUGCAGACCUCCUCAUGGUGUCCUGCCUUCCCUUCUGGGUGGUGGCGGUCAUACAGGAGUUCCACUGGCCAUUUGGUGAGCUUAUGUGUCAGCUGGUGAACAUUGUCAUUGGGAUGAACUACUACUGCAGUGUCCUGUUCCUUACGCUGGUGAGUGUGGACAGGUACCUGGUGCUGGCACGUCCCCUGUCGUCCCAGGGCAGGGGAAGAAAACCAGCCUGGGCCAGCGGGAUCUGCCUGGUUGUCUGGGUGGUGGGCGCUCUUCUCAGCCUCCCAGCCCUGCUCUUCCGAUCCGUCCAGUUCUUCCCCCAACUGGGGGUGGAGGCGUGCUACAUGGCAUACCCCCACGACGGCUGGAGGCUGCGCUACAACCUGACCGUCAACAUAGUGGGCUUUCUGGUUCCUAUACCCAUUGUGUCCUUCUGCAGCUACCACAUCAUCAGUGUCCUACGGGACAACCAGGCGAGCAGGAUGAGGAGCACGACGGCGGCAGGCACGGAAAGGAAGGCUGCCCACCUGGUGCUUAUCGUCCUGGCCAUCUUCAUCCUCUGCUGGCUGCCCUACCAGGUCGUCAUCUUCCUGGAUACCCUGUAUCACUAUGAGGUCAUCUCUGGCUGCGGCUGGGUGGAUGUAUUAGAAAUCAGCACUCAACUGGCUACCUACCUGGGCUACAGCAACAGCUCACUGAACCCUUUUCUGUACGUGAUUGUGGGGAAGCACUUUAAGCAGAGGGCAAGAGGGGUAUGUAGACAGAUGAUGUGCUGUGGAAAGGGAAGGAAGUCCUAUCAUAUUGUCAAUCUCAACUCCACCAUUAAGUACACAGACUCCACUAAGGUAUGAUUUAUAAACCCCAAAUAACCAUGUCAUUUUAAGGCACAUAUUUCUGCACUAGCAUCACUGUUUUGUGUAACAGCAACUUGUGAAUGUGUUUUGUGUUUACAUUGUAUUUAGCUUUUGUGUGUUUUCUGUAAAUCAAAUCAAACUUUAUUUGUCACAUGCGCCGAAUACAAGUGUAGACCUUACCGUGAAAUGCUUACUUACAAGCCCUUAACCAACAUCUCAGUUAACAAGAAAAUAUUUACCAAAUAAACCAAAGUAAAAAAUAAUACAAAGUACCACAAUAACAUAACAAUAACGAGGCUAUAUACAGGGGGUACCGGUACCGAGUCAGUGUGCCCGGGGUACAGGUUAGUUGAGGUCAUUUGUACAUGUGGAUAAGAGCGUCUGCUAAAUGACUUAAAUGUAAAUGUAAAUGUAUGUAGGUAGAGGUGAAGUGACUAUGCAUAUAUAAUAAACAGCAAGUAGCAAAACAAAUGGGGGGGGG